AUGCCUCGACUUCGACAGCUCUUGGUGCUCAGUCGCGACUUGGCCCGGUCCAAGCAGUUUUACCAGGAAGGACUGGGGCUUCAGCUGCUUUGCUCGUCGGAUACGUUUGCUGAGUUUGAUACGCAGACGGGCGUGCCGCUGUGCGUCAAGUUGGCGCAGAGCGAGGCUGCUUGCAGUAGCGGGUACUCGCCGUUCUUGAACUUUGACAUUCCAGAUCUCAGUGAUGCGGUGCCGCGGCUGCUUCUGUUGGGGGCGAUCAUGGACGGCCCGAUCAAGUACCCGGCCCAUGGAAAGGUGGCGGCGCUGCGAUCGCCGGACGGUGUGAUGAUCGGUCUGUACGAACCCAACUCGUGGGAAAGCGUGACUUCAGCAUGA